UUCAGUUCGAAUUCAACUGUUGACGUGUUUGCAAGCGUGUUAUCGGCGUGCGUCCGCUCGUUUCGUUCGUAUUUUGCUAUCGAUUCUCGUCUCGCCGCGACAACAACAAAGAAAGCUCGAAAAACGCGUCGGCAAAAAUUUACAGAAAGCGAUCAAAGUGUACCAAAAAUUAACAACAAAUCAAAUCAUUGAAAAAAAACCCAGUACAAACAAGCAGUGUGAUUGAAACAGUGUGCUUAAUAUAUAUAUAGAGAGAGAUAGGGAGAGAGAGUGAGUUGUUGAGUUGAGUGUUUCCUUUGUAUAUGAAAAAUGCAUAGCCAUCACUAAACAUAAAGAGCUAAAAACAAAAAGGCGAAGAGCACCCGAUCGCAGAGGGAUACAGAACCGCCCGAUUCCUGCCCCCCGGUAGAACAGAAAAACAUUCAAGAUUAUACUCGAAAUGGAUAUGACCUCAACAGCGGAGGCUGCCGCUCGCAGCUGGUACGAUAGUCCGCGCUUAGGCGGCGGCGGCGGUGGCGGCGGAUCGUCGGGCGGCGGCAAUGGGGGCGGCGUAUCGCCCCAAACCAACGGCCUUGGCAGCGCCGGGAGCAGCCUGGCCCACAGCCACCACAGCCUCUCCAGCGGCGCCAGCUCGGCGGGCAGCAGCGUGGGCGUGGGAGCAGCCCUCGGCGGCGGCGGCAGCUCCGGACUGGACACCAGCGACAUGAGCGCCUUCUACGCGCUGGAGAGCAACGGACACCACCGGCGCUACUAUCCCAGCUACCAUCAACACACAUCCCGCAUGCCCUCCACCCAUGCCUCGCCCCAAGUGUGCCGGCCGCACUUCCACACCCCGCUGAGUCCCUGGCUGACCAGCGAGCACAAGUCCUUCGCCCCCGCCAGCGCCUGGAGCAUGGGCCAGUUCGCCUGCCCGCAGGAGCCGCAGGUGGAGCACAAGCUGGGCCAGAUGGGCCAGAGCCACCAGACGACGGCCGCCGGCCAGCACUCGUUCCCCUUCCCGCCGACGCCGCCAAAGGACUCCACGCCCGACUCCGUGCAAACCGGUCCAUCCGAGUACCAGGCCGUGAUGAACGCGUUUAUGCACCAGCAGGCCACGGGCUCUACCUCACUAACGGACGCCAGCUGCGCGCUGGACAUCAAGCCGUCGAUCCAGAACGGCAGUGCGAGCGGAUCCUCCGGCAGCGGCACCACCCACACGUCGACGCCCAAGCAGCGCGAAGGUACAGCCAGCACCACUAAUUCCAGCUCCAACUCUAGCAGCAGUCAGCACCAGCAGCAGCAACAACAGCAGCAACAGCAGCAGCAGCAGCAACAGCAGCAGCAGAGUAACAGCAACACCACCGCCAGCAGCAACACAUCCGCCUCGUCCUCCGCCGCAGCAGCAUCCCUGUCCGCCGCCGUAGCCGCCUCCGCAGCCACAUCCUCGAACGGAUUGUUCGACGGCACGGCGCAGGCGUACAGCAGCGGGGGUGGUGGCGGCAGCGGGGGCGGUGGCAGCGGCAGCGGUGGCUACGAUACCAGCAGCUAUGCCAGCUAUCACCAUGCGGCGGCGCAUCAUCAAGCGGCCGCUGUGGCGGCGGCGAAUAUGUUCCAAAGUUCCUCGGUAGCGGCGGCUGCAGUGCGUCACAGUAUGGCUGCGGCGCAGGCGCACCACCAUCACCAUCACCACCACAGUGGCCACCACCACGGUGGCAGCUCGUCCGGAUUGCAUGGGCUGGGUGGCUCGGUGGGCGGCACCGCCGGCAUGGGCAGCAUGAGCGGCAACAGCGCCGGAGCGGGAUCGCUGAGCGGGCACAGUGGCGCCGGCAGCAAUGCGGGCAGCAAUUGCCUGGACGUCAAGCCCGUGCGGACCAAGCCGCGGACCAGUGCUGAGGGACGCGAGUGUGUGAAUUGUGGCGCCACAUCGACGCCACUGUGGCGACGCGACGGAACGGGACACUAUCUGUGCAACGCCUGUGGCCUGUACUACAAAAUGAACGGCCAGAACCGACCCCUGAUUAAGCCAAAGCGAAGACUGACCCUGCAAUCGCUGCAGAGUGCGGCCAAAAGGGCGGGCACAUCCUGCGCCAACUGCAAGACCACAACCACAACCCUUUGGCGACGCAAUGCCAGCGGCGAACCCGUGUGCAACGCCUGCGGAUUGUACUAUAAGCUUCACAAUGUCAAUCGUCCACUCACCAUGAAAAAGGAGGGCAUUCAGACGCGUAAUCGCAAGCUGAGCUCCAAGUCCAAGAAGAAGAAGGGUCUUGGUGGCGGCUGCCUGCCCAUCGGUGGCCAUUUGGGCAUGGGCGACUUCAAGCCGCUGGAUCCGUCGAAAGGAUUCGGCGGUGGCUUCUCUGCCUCCAUGGCACAACAUGGACACCUCUCGAGCGGACUGCAUCCGGCACAUGCGCACAUGCACGGCAGCUGGUACACCGGCGGCAUGGGCGCUUUGGGAGCCUCGAGCGGACUGCAGGGCGGCUUCUCCACCGCAGGCUCUCUCAGCGGAGCGGUGGUGCCCCACUCGCAGCCCUACCACUUGGGUCUCAGUUCGAUGGGCACCUGGCGCACUGACUACACGUGAUGGAGCGGGAACAACCUGAACAACAAUCUGUUCAGUUAGAGCCGCAAACUUGCCCACGCCUGAAUCGAAGCCAAUUCGAUCGCAGCAAAUGGAUGGAGAUGAAGGCAAAACUAAGCAACUAAGCGGGACAACAAGUAACAUGAAGUAAACUGACAAAACACAAUGCCAAACUGAGGACUCCUUGGCCAGCAAUUGACAGUGGCACCGAGCCCUUGACAUACCAGCUAAAUAAAUAAUAAUAAUCCGAUGGAGAGUGUGGGUGCUGGUGUGGCAACUGGACGAACGCUGGCUAUUCCUAAUUGUAAACAUUGCGUGCAAUUUUUAAUUAUUUAAGCUUUGUCGCUGUUGUUGCUGCUGCUGCUGCUGUUGCUGUGGCUGAUGUGUUGUUUGGCGAGGCAAAAGCCAAAUGGCGAGUGCCGGCAGCAAUAACAAAAGCCCCAUUAAAAUUAAUUAAAGGGCUGCAGAUUACUUUUAUUUUAUUUUUCCUUUAUGGCUUUUCUGUGAGUGUUUGUAUAGUGUUUCCUUAUGUUUCAUAUUUCGCUUAAUUAAUUUAAUUUCUCGCCGCAAAUUCAGCGUAUUUAAUUGUGCUUUAUGAACUGCCAUAAAAACAGAAUGAUGGAAAAUGCGAGGGGAAAUUCCAUAAAUAUUUAUUGUGUACAUAUAACAGAAAACGAGAAACAAGCACACAGAGAACUAAAAUUAUUAUAUAUACAAUAAACAAAAACAGUUACAAUGCACGUCCAAAAGUAAACAUUUUUGUAUAAAUUAAAAGAAAAAAGAAAAGAUCGUAGAAGUAAGUGAAGUUGCUUGUCCUAAUUCGCAAAAUGCAAUUGAAAAUUGCACAAACACUUUAGAGCGUAUGCCUACUGUAAACUAGUUAAAUUCUUAGACUCUAAACAAAACAGACGUGAUAAACAAAAAGUAAAAUCUAUAUAUAAAUAUUAACAUAACAAAUUUCACUAGGGCGCGCCAGUAGCAAUUGUAAAAUAAAUUUAACAAAAAUAAUACAGUUAAGCAGAAAAAUGAUCUUUUUGAUUGAAAGCAAAGGCAGCCGUCAACUUUUACCACUAAAAACACACACUUAAUGUUCAAUGUUAAUGCCUAAGUCUUAAAGCUAUACACACAUAAACAUUAACAAAAGCGUACAUAGACUUAAAAGUAAUGUAAUAAAUUUAAUUAAAUUAAAUGUUAAAGGCAAUUUGUAAAAUACAUUUGUUAGCAAUUUUUGUAUAAUUAUAGUAAAAACAUAAGAAAAAAAAAACACAAAAAAAGAAGAUACAACUCAACAUAAAAGUAAUCCCCUAAGUUGUGUGUAUAAAGCCAGAUUAGUCCUAACCUAAUUUAUGUAUGUUUAUAAACAAAAUACGAUAUGUAAAACUAUAUAUAUAAAUAUGAUGUAUUAUGUGCUAAGUGUAAACGAUAAAUGUAUUGUAAUUUGGCCAUAUUGAUAGUUGAAUAUAUAUAAAUCAAAGCAAAACUAAUGUUUAUUUAAAAUCGAAACAAAAAAAUGGAAAAUUGUAUUAAAUUUAAUGGCAAUCACCAGAAAAAUCCACAAAAAAAUCACAAAAAUAAUUUAUGAAGAAAAAAAUAUAUAUAAAAAUACAGAAAAAAAAACACAAAAACGAUUCUAAUUGAGGAACGGUAACUGAAGGCUCCGCCGAUGAUUAAUUACUUUCAGAUGAGUGGACAGAAAAUCGAAAUUGGUUUGGUAAUAAAUCCAAUAAGCAGCUAUCGAAACUCGCCCCGCAAUGAUGUCUCUAUAAUGGCCAUUUAAGCUUAUGAAUUGCUCUUUAAAUUUCGAUGCGUCUUUGCUACACAAGAAACGUGCCUCAAUUUUUGAUACACUGUGCCUAUGUUGGUCAUUUGUUAUGCAGCAUUUGUUGCUGGCCAUUGAACGCAUGAAUUAUGAGUUGUUUGGAGGCGUGAAAUGGCAUGUUCGUAGCGCAGUUGUUGGUGUUUCGGUGAUGUGCCACAAGAACACAGUUCGUUGCCUAAGUCUUUUGUUUUACACCGAUGGUCGGGCGAGAAUGAUGAGCCAGGAAAACUCCCAAACGGACGCGUGUUAGCUGGUCAUUAAUCCGGCAUCCAGUCGAGCAAACUGCAAUGAUGACCCCUUUUGGGCCUUUGUCGCUUGGCAUCCGCUUCCGCUGCACUUUGCCAAGGUUUUUGUUUCGACUUAUUUCGUUAUCAGUUUUCCCAAUUGCAAACAAUAAAAUAAAUGCGAACCUAUCGACUGAGUAUAUCUCUGGGCAUUGGGCAUUACAAUAAUUGGGACAGCAAUUAGGUGCACGGCACGGCCACGCAGUCAAGCAGGUCCGAUCCGUUCAGUUAUAGACAUAUAUAGCUAUGGUGGGACAGUCCGUGAAUGAAGUGUAAGUAAUGACCGAACACGUUAACUAAUAUUAUUUGUAAAUCUAAACUCUGUUUAAAAGAUUUCCAGUACGUCUAUCAACGUAACAAUGAGCCUUAGCUACCUAUACUUAAUCAGUAAAUAUUCUGUUCUCAGUGACCUAGCUGAAUAACUCGAUGUUAAGAUUAAUAUCACCAAGCUGCCUUACAAGAACGAAACGUACUGUACUUACAUAUAUGGAGCUGAUUCGUCAGCAUCACAUGAGCUUAUCGUGCUAGGCACUGUCCUCUGUCAUUAUAACAAAGUUAAGCGAAAACAAAGUAAACUGAAAAAGGUAAACCUAAUUGCUAUAUAAUUACAAUAUAAUUGAAACAAAAUAAGUCAUUCGAGCCGGUGCCUUGGAAAUAACCCCAAACCCAAACGGCCAACAGACACAUGCAAAAGUGUCGCAUAUGUCACGGGUCAAUUGUAAUGGUAACCGAAACUGUUAGUCUAAUUCCAAUACCAAUUUCGAGCGAGUCCAUCAGACGAAAAAAUACGGUGAUCAAUGCAUAAGCAAUGACCAGCCAUAUAAAUCAGUUAAUCAGCAUCGCAGAUAAGCGUGGCAGUGGGCAUAUGUUCAGCCAAUGGGAAACCAAUUCACACACCGAUACACACUCGCCACGGGAUGAUAAUGGGGCACGCCACCUGAAACCAGUUGUGGAACAUGCAACAAACGACAUAAAUAAACCGCACUAAUUAUGAACGUAAA